ACACUAAGCAAAAUAUAGGGUGUUGGGUGCCCCUAAGCUAUAUUUCAGAGUCUUAACACCAAUUUUAAUAAUAAAAAUAAUAUUUUUGUACAAUAAAGAGUAACUUUAAAUUAAUAACUUUACUUCAUCUUACAAUAAAUUAACAUAUACCCGCCCUUUUAGAGAAUUUAUGAUCAGGUAAACACCCACUUACACACUCCUAUUUUUAUUGGCGGUGAUACCUUUCCAUCAACCUCCACAACUUUAACGUUUAUUUUCCAUUUUCCCCUCAAAACUAAAAAAAAUUCCAUUAUAAAUAUCUAUCUAGUACUCAACCAAAAACAGAACAAACCAAGGAAAAAAAAAAAAGAGUAAAUAAACCCCGAAGUCCCCAACUACCUCUCCCCUCUCAACACAACCUGAUAUACAUACAAAAAAAAAAAAAAUUCAAAAAAAAAAACCCCUUUUAUUUUGUAUUUUUCUCUAUAUAUUUACGUGUCCAAACUCCAAGCUUUCAACUUUCAAGAAUAAAUUCUAGUCAUCUUCAUCUUGUACUCUUCUUACCCCUUUCCUCAUUCUCAUGGAUAAUUCUAACAUUAAUCCUUCUAAAGGUGGAUGGAAAUCUGCCAUCUUCAUCAUCUUUGUGGAAAUGGCAGAAAGAUUUGCGUAUUAUGGAAUAGCAGGGAAUUUAAUCAUGUACUUAACAACAAUAAUGGGUAUACCCCUUGCAACUGCUGCUAAAAAUGUGAAUUCAUGGAAUGGUGUUUCAUCUCUUGCUCUCUUUAUUGGUGCUUUCUUUGCUGAUUCUUAUCUUGGUCGCUUUAAGACUACUCUCCUUUCCUCCUCCGUUUUUCUCAUGGGAUUGAUUUUGUUGACAACAUCAACAGCCACUAAAAUCCCACAAAACAUUCGUACACCCUUAUUUUUCUCGGCUCUUUACAUAACGGCUUUGGGUGAAGGUGGUCAUAAACCAUGUGUCCAAACAUUUGCUGCUGAUCAAUUUGACGAAAAUACCCCUGAACAAAGAAAGGCCAAGAGCUCAUUUUUUAACUGGUGGUACCUUGGAAUUGUUGUUGGUGCAACAAUUGCCGUGGUUAUAAUUGUUUAUGUAGAGGACAACGUUAGUUGGACCGUCGGGUUUUCCAUUCCUACUAUUGCCGUAGGGUUGGCUUUAGCGGUUUUUAUCUUCGGAUGUUUGACUUAUCGGAUGGAGCGGCCCGUGGGGAGUCCGUUUACUAAAGUGGCACAAGUGGUUGUUGCCGCCGUUAGAAAGAGGCACGUGGUUGAGACUAGCAAUGGUCGAGGGUUGUGCUACGAUGAUGAUGUUAGUCAUGGAUUGGAUGCGCGUAAAUUGGCUCGUACUAACCAAUUCAGAUGUCUCGACAAGGCAAUGAUCAUCGACGAGAGAGAUUCAUUGAUGAAAUCCAGAAACCCAUGGAGGCUGUGCUCCGUUAAUCAAGUGGAAGAAGUGAAGCUCAUAGUUCGGUUAAUCCCGAUUUGGGUAUGCACCUUUGCCUACGCAAUAAUCGUAGCACAAGUCCAUACCUUCUUCAUCAAGCAAGCUAGCACCAUGCAACGUUCACUUGGCCCUAAGGUUUCAAUCCCACCUGCAUCUCUUCAAGUCAUCCCUGGGAUUACUAUCUUAAUAUCGGUUCCAAUCUAUGAUAAACUCUUCGUUCCUUCUAUGAGAAAUAUCACUAAAAUCCCCUCAGGUAUAAGCUCACUCCAUAGGAUCGGCAUUGGGUUGGGACUUUCCAUCUUGACCAUCGCGAUAGCAGCUCUAGUAGAAAACAUGAGGGUUGGUGUAGCAAGUAAGCACGGGCUCAUCAACGAUCCAAAGGCUAUAGUUCCGAUGAGUGUGGGAUGGUUAGUCCCCCAGUUUGUAGUGAUGGGACUAAGUGAUAUGUUUGCAUAUGUUGGAAUGCAAGAGCUUUUCUAUGAUCAAAUGCCAGAGGACAUGAGAAGCAUGGGUUCAGCCUUAACUAAUGGUGCAAUAGGGGUUGGUGCUUUCAUGAGUAGCGCGAUUAUAGUUACUGUACAAGAGAUGAGCAAGAAGUGGGGGGAAGAAUGGUUGGUUAAUGAUCUUAAUCGCGCUCAUCUUGAUGAGUUUUACUGGGUUUUGGCUGGGUUUUGUGCUUUGGAUUUGGUUAUAUAUGUAUUGGCUGCUAAAUGGUUUGUGUGGAAGAAUACUACUCAAGUGGAUCAAAUUGUGAUAUGUUAAUUAGAGAAUGCAUGUAUAUUGGUGUGACUAUACAUAAUUAAUCUUGUAGCUCAAUAUGAGGGUUGCCUAAAUCAUAAUAUAUGUCUAAAUAUGUAGAAGGUUUGUGUUUGUGUGAGAAAUUAUCAAUAGAAGUAAAGUUUGUUUGGUAAA